CUGAAAGAAGGUUGAAGUUGAGAGUAUCGACACUAGGCUACUUACUUCUUUUGAAGUGACGCCGCGCCCCGCCCAGCCCCGCCGGUUCAAUCGACUCCGGCGGCUCCCCGCAUCCAUUUCUCCCUCCCGGAUUCUCCAUCUCUCCCCUUCUUCCUCCCUCUAGCUAUUGAUCGCCUUUCACAUCACCACCAUAAUGGACCGUUCCAACAAACCCUCCGCCAUCGGCGUCAGCGCCUCCCUUCCCCAACCCACCAUCUCCCUCCGCGACAACAUCGUCGAAGCCACCCUCCCCACCGGCGAAUCUGUCACCGUCCAUCUCUACGGCGCCACCGUCACCUCCUGGAAGCUCGCCAACGGCAAAGAGCAGCUUUUCGUGAGCGAAAAGGCCCAUCUGGAUGGUUCCAAGCCCAUCCGGGGCGGCAUUCCCGUUGUAUUCCCCGUCUUCGGCCCUCCCCCCUCCAACCACGCCACCUCCUCCCUUCCGCAACACGGCUUCGCCCGGAACUCGAACUGGGAAUUCCUCGGCAAAUCGUCGUCCGAAGCCUUCGGCCGGGACCGGAAAGAAGGGGAUGACGCCGUGAAGCUGGAUUUCGGGCUCUCGCAGCCAAUGCUGAGCGAGGAGUUCCGGAGGGCAUGGCCGUAUCAGUUCGGUUUGGUGUACAGUGUUACUUUGACGAAGGGUAGUUUGGCGACUUCCCUGCAGGUGCAGAACCAGGGGGAGCAGAACUUUGAUUUCCAGGUGUUGCUGCAUACGUAUUUGAGUGUUGAGGAUAUCUCCGAUAUUCGGGUCAAGGGUCUCCAGACGAAGGAGUAUUUGGAUAAGACCCAGAACGGAGCCGCGAUUACGGAGACUUCGGAGACGGUGGAGAUCAACAAGGAGACGGAUAGUGUGUAUAAGGCGUUGGAUCCGAAGGUGCCGAUUGUCGUGUCGACGGCUGCGGAUGAUCAGCCGCUGUUCUCGAUUACGCGGGAGGCUUUGACGGAUGUGGUGGUGUGGAAUCCCUGGAUUGAAAAGGCCAAGGGCAUGGCGGACUUUGGCCCCGACGAGGCGUACAAGAAUAUGAUCUGUGUCGAGGCGGGUUCCGUUGCUGGAUGGCAGACUCUGGAGGCGGGAGAUUCCUGGGAGGGUGGUCAGACUAUUCGGCCCCGUCUGUGACGUAUGAUUUAUGCUUGAUGAUUAGAUGCAGGGGAUAGAGAUGAAUAUGGUGUAUUGUUAUAUUGUGUAUAUCGGGGCUUAGCCCAGUCCUGGAUGCCGGACUAUAAGCUAAGCUCUACCUGAACCGGAGCAAGCAAGCUGAUGCAGCAGUCCAUGUCUGCCGACAUCCAGAUCAGCAUAUAAUACAUAUAAGCAACCCAGCAC